CGUCAUCGCGUUUCUGAAGACCCAACCCAAUCCAACCGGAAGACAACAGUGUUUUUUUCAUCCUUUUGAUCGAUACGAUGCAAAUUUGCGACGGUCAACGCUAAGCACUGACAUUCUUCAUUCCAAUAAUAAAAUGCCCUUAUUUGAUGGGUUGGGAAGUGGAGGAGAGAAGACUGCGAUCGUUAUUGACUUAGGAGCAGCAUACACAAAAUGCGGCUUUGCAGGGGAAACGGGGCCCAGGUUCAUAAUUCCGAGCGAGAUCCGGAAACCGGGACAGCAGCAGGCCAUCAAAGUGGUUCAGUACAACAUCAAUACAGAAGAGCUUUAUGUCAUCCUCAAAGAGUUUAUCCAUUUACUGUACUUCAGGCACCUGCUGGUGAAUCCUCGCGACAGAAGGGUGGUCAUCAUCGAGUCCAUCCUCUGCCCGUCUCACUUCAGGGAGACACUCACCAAGGUUUUCUUUAAACAGUUUGAGGUGCCCUCUGUGUUGUUUGCUCCAAGCCACCUCAUGGCCAUCAUGACUUUGGGAAUCAACUCGGCUCUGGUGAUGGACUGUGGCCACACAGAGACGCUGGUGCUACCUGUUUAUGAGUGCACUCCUAUUCUUCCAGCUUGGGAGGCUUUGCCUUUGGGAGGGAAAGCCAUUCAUAAAGAAUUAGAUGGACUUCUUGUGGAACAGUGCACUGUGGACACCGACACCACCACUGGGCAGAGUGUACCAGCUGCCAUUGGGACCAUCCCAGAGGAGACUGUGGAGGAUAUCAAGGUCAGAACAUGCUUUGUCAGUGACCUGCAGAGAGGCCUCCAGAUCCAGGAAGCCAAAUUUAACCUGGACGGUGCAGCUGAACGUCCAGCCCCGCCUCCAGAUGUUGAUUACCCUCUGGAUGGUGAGAAAAUCUUGCACGUCAAAGGAUCAAUCAGGGACUCUGUGAUGGAGAUCCUGUUUGAACAGGACAAUGAAGAGAAGAGUGUGGCCUCUCUGAUACUUGAUGCUCUGGUCAAGUGCCCCAUUGACACACGUAAGGUGCUCUCAGAGAACCUGGUGGUGAUCGGAGGCACGGCCAUGCUGCCGGGUUUCCUGCACCGUCUGCUGGCCGAGCUACGCCUCCUUGUGGAGAAACCCAAGUACAGCAACGUGCUGGCCAGCAAGAGCUUGCGUUUACACGCUCCACCUGCCAAGCCCAACUGCACCGCCUGGCUCGGAGGUGCUAUCUUCGGGGCGCUGCAGGACAUCCUGGGCAGCAGGUCAGUGUCACGAGACUACUACAACCAGACAGGCCGCAUCCCAGACUGGUGCUGCUUGAGCUCCCCUCCUCCCGAGUCUCUCUACGAAGCAGGGAAGACGCCCCCCCCCCUCAUGAAGAGAGCCUUCUCCACAGAGAAGUAGAGUGAUCUGUAACAUAAUUCUAAUGAUGUACUCUCCUUUACUCCACGUGAUAAAACAGUUCAGUCUUUUUAAUGUGUUAACUACAUCAAACAAACAGCUCUAGACGUUCUUAAUGUCUAGUAGUCACACGCACGUUUUUGUGUGCAGACUGUUUGAUGAUGGGGCGAGCUGGUUUCUGACCUCCCCAGUAAGAACAGAUAUUGGGAUUUUAGGCGUUUACAUUGAUAUUCUACAAGUGUUAGAAUUUCAAGUACUGUAGGUCCUGUGCUACACGCAGCCGUGUCUUCUGUUUCAUUUUACGUCUCACUGAGGAAGACUGACCCUGUACAUGCUCAGUCUCACUUCACCUGUUUCUGCAUUUUGUUGCCAUUACGACUGAAAAACCCAUCGUGUUCAGCAGAAAUGUUUACCAAAUUGUGCUUUAGUAAUCCUUUUUCCAGUAAAACUGCAGAAAAUGUGGCUCAACUUUGCUGAUGUUUUCCAGUGUGAUGUAUGAUAAAGUGUGGAGAACUGACUGCGUUUUUGACGGUAAUGUCCCAUGGAAGUCUUAUUUAUUGUUUGGAUCUCGCAGUGUAAAGUGGUUGUUGAACUCAAUAAAGGCCCUGCACACUCACGAAGGUAUUGUCAGUUAUUUCAUUUCAAAAUGGGGUGGAGGUAUCCUGGGAAAUACUAAGUCGUCCCACCCUUAAGAAGUGGUAGCACAUGUAACGGGACGGUCAGGGAGAUGUGAAUUAGUCAAGAUCCGAACACAUCCACUCUGAGCAGUGGUCUAAUCAAGCUAAAUAAUUGAAAUCACCUGUGUGUGUUGACUGUAGUAUUUGUUGUUGUUGUUGUUGUUUACAGGCUUUAACACAUCUUCCAAACAAUGCCAUCUUGCUCUGUAACCUUUUAUAUCCAACUAUUACAACAAAUAAAUAUUUAGAA